AGGGCGAGGAGUCGUGCCGCCAUUUUGUCUCUGUCACUGUCGGCGGCGGCGGCGCGGUCGGUCGGGGAGGAGAGGCGGCGGCGGCGGCGGAGCAGCCUGUGUUUCGCGAGGGGGGAUUCGGCCAGGAGGACACGAUGAUAUCGGCCGCCCAGCUCCUAGAUGAGCUUAUGGGCCGGGACAGAAACCUGGCCCCGGAUGAGAAGCGCAGCAACGUGCGGUGGGACCAUGAGAGCGUUUGUAAAUACUACCUUUGUGGCUUUUGCCCAGCUGAAUUAUUUACAAAUACCCGUUCUGAUUUAGGUCCUUGUGAAAAAAUUCAUGAUGAAAAUCUACGUAAACAGUAUGAGAAGAGCUCUCGUUUUAUGAAAGUGGGCUAUGAAAGAGACUUCUUACGCUAUUUACAAAGCUUACUUGCAGAGGUAGAACGCAGGAUUCGAAGAGGCCAUGCUCGUUUGGCACUGUCACAGAAUCAACAGUCUUCUGGGGGAGCGGGACCUACUGGUAAAAAUGAAGAGAAGAUUCAGGUGUUAACUGACAAAAUUGAUGUACUUCUACAACAGAUUGAAGAACUAGGUUCAGAAGGGAAGGUGGAAGAGGCACAAGGAAUGAUGAAACUUGUUGAACAGUUAAAGGAAGAGAGAGAAUUGCUGAGGUCUACAACUUCAACAAUUGAGAGCUUUGCAGCCCAAGAAAAGCAAAUGGAAGUUUGUGAAGUUUGUGGAGCCUUUUUAAUUGUAGGAGAUGCACAGUCCAGGGUAGAUGACCACUUGAUGGGAAAGCAGCACAUGGGUUAUGCCAAAAUAAAAGCUACUGUAGAAGAUUUAAAAGAAAAGUUACGAAAAAGAACAGAAGAACCUGACCGUGAUGACAGGUUAAAAAAAGAGAAACAAGAACGAGAAGAGAGAGAGAAAGAGAGGGAACGGGAAAGAGAAGAGCGGGAAAGGAAGAGGCGACGUGAAGAAGAAGAAAAGGAAAAAGAGAGGGCUCGUGAUAGAGAGAGACGUAAAAGGAGUCGUUCACGGAGUAGACAUUCAAGCAGAACAUCUGACAGAAGAUGCAGCCGUUCACGAGACCACAAAAGAUCAAGAAGCAGAGAAAGAAGGCGAAGCAGGAGUCGUGACCGAAGAAGAAGCAGAAGUCAUGAUAGAUCAGAAAGAAAACAUAGGUCACGCAGUAGGGACAGGAGACGAUCAAAAAGCCGGGAUCGGAAAUCCUACAAGCACAGAAGCAAAAGCAGAGAGAGAGAACAAGACAGGAAGUCAAAAGAAAAAGAAAAGAGGGGAUCUGAUGAUAAAAAAAGUAGUAUGAAGUCCAGUAGUCGAGAAAAACAGAGUGAAGACACAAAUACAGACUCGAAGGAGAGUGAUACUAAGAAUGAGGUCAAUGGGACCAGUGAAGACAUUAAAUCUGAAGUGCAGCGUAAGUAUGCACAGAUGAAGAUGGAACUAAGCCAAGUAAGAAGACAUACUAAAGCACCUUCUGAAGGAAAAGACAGUGUAGUCCUGCAAAACAUUUUGAGGUACAUUGUUUUGUCUCAGCUAUUUUGUAGCAGACUCGUGCCCCCAUUAGUGUGCCUCUUUGGGACAUAUUUGUAAUAUAGUCACCAUAGAAAAAUUAAUUAUCCUUUUUUAUUUUUAGGGAUUUUGUUAUCGUUUUUUUAAAAAGUUGAACUGUUUUUGUAUUUAAGUCCAUAUUGUGUUGGUACAUCAGCAGAAACUUUUGCUUUAAUACUUAAUAUUUGAGGCACAUGUUGGACUACUUUGUUUUCAUAUAAACUGCUAGUAUUUCUUUGUCAAGGAUGUUUCUAGUUUUUUUGCUUUAUUGCCUUGCAUUCUAAUGCAGUUUGUUCUGUAACUCGAGAGCCAGUAGCAUUGGAUUGAUGGAAGUGUAGGGUUUAUGAAUUAUUGCAGCUGACUACCAUACCUCACACAGCGUUGGUGUUGUGAGCGGCCCAUGAAAAGCCAAAUUAAAAAUCAAGGAUUCAGUCAAACUAAGCAGGUACUCAUGCCAGGUACUCCUUUCUCUACCCACAUCCAUGUUUGAAUGCUGUUGCCUGUAAUCUUUAAGCUUACUGUUGUGUUUUUGAUUUUCAAGAUAGUGAAAAGGACUUUUUGUGUAUUGUGUGAAUACUGUAAAUCUGAUGUUAACAGAAUGGAAUUUUCUUUCAACUGUAUGUAGGGAUGCAGUGCUGCCCAGAAUUAGAUAUCUUUAAAGAGUUUAAAAUGCAAUAAACACUACAUAAUAAUCGCCUUGUUACUUUCAAUGCAAUUCAAGUCUUUAAGAGGUAUGUGUUUAAUAUUUCCUACUGUGUAGGAGAAUUUGCAGUCAGCCAUAGUACAGAGAAGUGGAAUGGCUGAUAACAGACUUCUAAGGCAAAUGUAAAUACAAAGACAGAUGCCACCAAAUGAUUACAGUGUUCAUGGCAAGAAUGUAUGCUGAGAAACUGUUUGUUGGAAAUGAAACAGCUAAACAAUAGGAAAUACAAAUACUGUAUUAAAAAGAAAACUUGAAGUUUUUUCCCCACUCUUGACAUAGCUUUCUUACUCUUACAGAAGGUCUUUAGUUGUAUUCCUGAAAUAAGGAACUAACAGUGGAGAGUACAGCUGAUAAAUGAGCUUCUUGCAACAUAAUUUGUUACUGUAGUUUCAUUAUUUAUGCUAGGACUCUUAAACACUUAAUGUUGAUUAUUAAACCAUUAAUGCUACAUUAUUGCUUCUAAAGCCAGUCAUGUUCAAUGUUGACAUUUUUGUAGAGUUAAGAUGACAGCUAACAACUGGGCCAAUAUAUAGGAAUGGUAAACUAAAUGCUCUUAAUGCUGUCUAAUUGUCUGUUUUCCCAAAAUUUUGCAUUAUAGGACUACUACAUGAAGAGUCUGCGAAGACAGCGGAAGACAGCUUAAACUGAAGAUCUGCUUUAAAAUGAGGUGAAAGAAAGCUGUAGUGGCGUAGAAAAAUAUAAAGUUGAGUUAGAAAUUUUUUUUUUUUAUAAAAUUUAAUUCAGGACUGGUGUUUCCUCCCAGAGUUCAGAAAGAUGUGUUGAUAAUAGCACAUAUGCUACUGAGAAUAUAAGUCCUGUAUCCUUUUUUUCUUUAAGACUUUUUAAGAUAAGAAACCAACAUAACCUGAACACAUGGCUUGCUCAGUGUUUAAUUGCAAGUUUUCAUUCUUGGACUUUAAAACACAAGAAUAAAUGUUUAGUAUUUGUGUGAAUCAAACUAAAAUGAAUCCCAUUUUUACAACUAAGCUAUUCCUAGCUUCUUGAUAUACAAGAAAUGGAAAUAAAGUAUCUUUGAAUUUCUGUUACAAA